AUGGAUGCAGCACAGUUUUCAACUAAAAAGCAAGGCAUCACCUGGCGCUCCCUAAUUGCUGCUAAAAUUGGAGAUAUUCCUCACUUGAAUAAUUCCACAACACUUGUGGACCCGUCAGUCUAUGGUUAUGGAGUGCAGAAACGGCCCCUGGAUGACGGAGGUCUCCGUGUAAGUGGGCUCCAUGGAGCACAGAUAAGAGAUGCAGAGAGAAUAGGUAACCAGUUAGGGGCCCUGGUACAUCAAAGGACUGUAAUAACAGAAGACUUCAAAGUGCCUGAUAAAAUGGUUGGAUUUAUAAUCGGCAGGGGAGGUGAACAGAUCUCAAGGAUUCAGGCAGAGUCUGGCUGCAAAAUUCAAAUUGCUCCAGACAGCGGUGGGAUGCCCGAGCGGCCCUGUGUACUCACCGGGACGCCAGAGAGCAUUGAACAAGCAAAACGGCUACUGGGGCAGAUUGUAGAUCGCUGUCGGAACGGACCUGGUUUUCACAACGAUGUUGAUGGCAACAGUACGAUUCAGGAGAUUUUGAUCCCGGCAUCCAAAGUGGGUCUAGUCAUCGGCAAAGGAGGUGAAACAAUAAAACAGUUGCAGGAGCGAACAGGUGUGAAAAUGAUUAUGAUCCAAGAUGGUCCGUUGCCUACUGGAGCAGAUAAACCUCUCCGUAUUACUGGAGAUGCAUUUAAAGUACAGCAAGCAAGGGAAAUGGUACUGGAGAUCAUCCGAGAGAAAGAUCAGGCAGACUUCCGAGGCGUACGCAAUGAUUUCAGUUCUAGAAUGGGAGGAGGCAGCAUAGAGGUCUCUGUGCCCAGGUUUGCUGUUGGAAUUGUGAUAGGAAGAAAUGGAGAAAUGAUCAAAAAGAUUCAGAAUGAUGCUGGAGUUAGGAUUCAAUUUAAACCAGAUGAUGGGAUUAGUUCUGAAAGAGUCGCCCAGGUCAUGGGGCUUCCCGAUAGGUGUCAACACGCAGCGCACAUCAUCAGUGAGCUCAUUCUCACGGCACAGGAACGAGACGGCUGUGGAAGCUUGGCUGUCGCCCGAGGAAGAGGUCGUGGCCGUGGGGACUGGAGCGUUGGAACACCUGGGGGCAUGCAGGAAGUAACCUACACAGUGCCAGCCGAUAAGUGUGGUCUCGUUAUAGGCAAAGGCUGGUGCACCUCAUCUCGCUCAGAUGAGCGUGUUCACUGCCAUGGAGGCCCCUCGGCUGUCUUAGCCAUUGAAUCUCUCCAUGCUAAGGAGAUGGACAAGGAGUCAUCUGGCCUUCCUCUCAAGAACCAGUACAACCCUGAGACUGUUAUGAAACCAGAGCAUCAGCAGCCAUCUCAAUUUGUCAUAGAGCAUGAGCAUCAG